AGCAGCGGCGCGCGGAAGCUUUGUUCUCCACGUGGACGCCAGCACAAAGCACCGUAUAGAAUCUCCUCUUCGUGUGUUUUGUAUCGUUAAGGUUCGGUCGCAUACACGGGCCUCCGCAUCAACGGCACCUCGCUGACAAUACGCAGUGGAACUCACAAACGCCCUUUCCCUUUUUUUUUAUCGCACCAGAUGAAGAGGCGAUCCGCAUCGUCAAAGGAGUACUCGGUGUCGCCUCACACGAACACCACGAGCCCCUCAACGACCGAAGACGCGCUCGGGACGCCGGAGAGCGCUGCGGCGGUGCUCGCCACUUCUCCCGCUACUCCUCCUGCUUUCCCCGCCUCCCCCGCGAUGGGCGAAACGGGGGACUCUGAUACGCAUGCUCACAGCUCUGGUGAGUCCACCGCCUCACCGUCAGUCCCGGCUGUAGGUAGUGCUUCACCGCCUCUCCUCGUGCACGUGCUGGGGACCUCGACGAGCGGCAACCGUGAUGACGAAGCCGAAUCAAGUUCACAGGGUGGGAGUGAAAGAGGGGGUGGCAGGCCUCCAGCGAAAAGCAGUGCGCCUCAGCGGGAGAGGGAAUUCGAGGCCAAAAGCUGCAACUCGCGAAGCGGAAAAGCUCCGCGUACAGAUUUGUCAACGAGAAGCGCGAGUGAGGCGUCAUCGUCCGACGCCAGUCUCGUGGUCCCGGCUGCUUCGGCGGCAGAGGAAACGACGACUCCUUCGCUGCUGGACCCAUAUGAGCCUAGAGUGACCGCGUCUCCUGCGUCCAGGGCAGAUUCCGAGAGCACCCCCGACACCCCGCCCUCAAACGUGAUGGAGGCAUCCAAAGGAGUCGAACAACAAGCGGCGCGAGAAGAUCCAGCGCCAGCGAACGCCGACGCCGCGUCUCGUGCACCGUUGACGGCUCCUGCUGAGGAGAAUGCUGCGCAAGAGGAUGAGGAAAACACUCGCGAUGGCGUCGGCGCCGAAACGAUCUCUUUUCCGCGGAAUGACAUCACAGCGCUUUCUGAAGACAAUUCGAUUGCAAAGGAAGAAGCUUCGCCGCCGGCCCAAAUGGUGCCCUCAGACACAGCAGGGCAAAUUCCCACCGAAGUGAGCGCCGUGGGCAACGAUGCCACUUGCGCACCUGCCGCCCCGACCGAGGAAGGCGCGAGAACACUCGAUGAAACGAAGAGUAUCGUUCUCGGGCAAACCAAACCCACAUCCAACGCAACGGAAGAACACGAUGAUGCAGCAGUGGAUCAGACAGUCACAGCGAGCCAAAGUGGCUUGGCAAGUGAGCAAGCGGAGGAGGCGCACGAUGACCAUCGACAGGAAGCCGAGAUCACAAAGGCCUCAGCGGAGUCACUUGCAACGGUGCCUGAAAGGAUGGAGAAAGACGUCCACGAAUUGUCCCGUGUUCGCAAUGAAGAACAAGCAAGAAGAGAAGCGACGCCCAUUAGCCUGCACCCGCUGACCGAAGACGCACACGCAGGCGCUGAUACCUUCGUAAAGAGCGGAGCCGACGAAACCCAGCCCCAAUUACUCCCUCGUGCGAAGCCUUCUGAGAAGACACGCAAGCGCCGACGCGCGCCGUUAGCCGGUCCAGCUCGCCCACAGCUGCUGCACGCCACUGUGAAUGAAGGCGGCGAUAGUGAAGUGACUGCGCACCGGGGUUAUGCCGCACAAAAGUCAAAUGAGCUGAAAGUGCGUCAUACAGCAACGGACAAAGAGGCAGACACGCGUCCUUCGUCACCCUCCACGACUGUGCCGCCCGUUACGCUGAAAGAGGAGGUGAGGGAGGCGGUGGAAGGUGAGAGCGAUCUCGAAAGUGAGCACGCAACCGAUACCCUGGAUGAUGCUAGAGUGACAAUUUCUGCCACCGCUAACACGCAGACGGGCAGCGAGGAUCGGCCACUACCGCGGCGCGUCAAGACAGAACCGCCUGCGGACCGAAAGGCCAACAUCACAAUGGCCGCUCCCCUUUCCCCCUCAUCUCCCACCACCAUAGCCGAACGAGCAGCCAUGGCGGUCGUUUCCGAUGCUGACCACACGGGACGCUGGGCACCAUCGAGCACACGAGAGAGCACAUCAGCCGCGUCAGAGGACAACGCCACUGCACCGCCGACAAAAAGUGCGCUCGACGACGACACCGAGGCAACUGACACGAAGCGCGCUGCGCCUGCUUCGGUCUCCUCGUCCUCUCCGGUCCCAUCCCCAGCUAGCCCCGCACCGCACUCUUUUCCUGCGCCGCCAUCAGCGCCGGCCGACGCUCCAAACACUGCCUCGGCCCCUUCAUCCACAAAACCGGUGCUGAACAUCGCCGGGGUGAACGUGCAGGCGCUGCUCGCCGAGAACCCCGACCCGCCCCCGCUGUACUUCCGACGGCAGCGCCGCACCCGACGCAAGUCGGUCCUGACACAGGAAAAUUCCAUCUUUGCGGAGCACCGAGACUUGUGCCGGCACGAUCAAACCCACCGUGUCAUCGCGCGUGCUCCUUUCGCGAGUGACGCGGAUGUGCUGAACUCCUUGGUGGAGUGGACGGACUCACCGGCGUUGGUGUACGCACGUCUGCUAUGGCGGUGUGCCCCGCAGCCGUUUCUGCACGCCGCCAUGUACGGCUUCAGCCCCGCUGUGCACCUCAAAAAAGAGACGAAGCCGCACGCUGUGGAUGAAGCUGCUAGUCGUAAAAAAAGAGAAGGGGAGGGGAGGGGGAGGAGGAGGACUGACGCGGGAGGCGUGAACACCGAUGCGGCGCGUGACCCAAGCGGCCAGCAAGUAGAGGACAUGACGGCGCAACGGUGUUGUUCCUUUUUUUUUUCUUCUUGCGAGACGCACCGGGGUUUUGUGUGA